AUGGUUUCAACCGACCAAGUUUACGACCUAUUUCCAGAUAAACAUAACAUUCAGUUCACUGAUUCUCAUUCACGGGAAGAAGAUGAUUCGACUAGCAUUACUAAAAAUGUUAGGAACCGAACUAUAAGUUUAUCAGGCAGCGUAGACACAGGUAUCCUGAAGAGCAUUAUUGAAGAACAAGGCUGGAAUGAUGCAGAAUUUUAUAGAAGUUCAAUACAGAAUCAACGUUUUUUUUUGACGGAUAAAUACGCAAAAAAGAAACAUUUGACUAUAGAAGACAUGAUUACUUCUGAAGAGGAACAAAUAUACCAAGAACCUAUUCAAGAUUUCCAAACUUAUAAUAAACGUGUUCAAAGAGAAUACGAACUUAGAGAAAGAAUGGAGCAGUUCUUUCUUCAAAACACGAAGAAUAAUUUACACAUUUUAAACGAGGAUUCAUUGAAUCAACAAUAUUCACCGCUAGGGCCCACCAAUUAUGCACUGCCCCUCGAUAGAUACUCUAGAAUGAAGCACUUAACUUCAACCUUUUUGAAAAGGAAUCUCGGUUUUUCCGAAGGACUAAAAAGAAGAGGUGAUUAUAACUUUAAUACUGCUGGCCAAACCAAAAGCAAUAGUUCCAUAUCGAGCUUCUGUACGGAUGUAAUUGAUAAUGCAAGCUACAGAAAUAUUGCUAUAGACGAAAAUAUCGAUAUGUUACAUAAGGAGCAUGCCAUUGACAAACUAAAUGAACAAGGUAUAUCAGGUGGUGAAUCCGCCGUAGAAGGUGGUUCAUUACUGCAUGUCAUUAAAAAGGUAUUCAAUAGGUCCCGAGCUACCAGGAAAUACCAUAUUCAACGAAAGUUAAAAGUGAGGCAUAUCCAAAUGCUUUCUAUAGGGGCCUGCUUUAGCGUCGGGUUGUUUCUGACCUCAGGGAAAGCUUUUUCUAUUGCUGGACCCUUCGGUACAUUACUCGGGUUUGGACUUACAGGUAGUAUCAUUUUAGCGACAAUGUUGUCGUUUACAGAACUAUCUACGCUUAUUCCUGUAUCUUCCGGAUUCUCCGGAUUGGCUUCUAGAUUUGUAGAAGAUGCUUUUGGGUUUGCAUUGGGUUGGACGUAUUGGAUUUCCUAUAUGCUUGCUCUUCCUGCUCAGGUUUCUUCGAGUACAUUUUAUCUCAGCUAUUAUAGCAAUAUCAAUAUAUCAAAGGGGGUAACAGCCGGGUUUAUUACGCUGUUUUCGGCAUUCAGCAUCGUUGUAAAUUUAUUAGAUGUCAGCUUAAUGGGUGAAGUUGUUUAUGUUGCUGGUAUUAGCAAGGUGGUGAUUGCCAUUUUGAUGGUUUUUACAAUGGUGAUCUUGAAUGCCGGGCAUGGAAAUGAUAUUCACGAAGAAGUUGGUUUUAGAUAUUGGGAUAGCUCUAAAUCUGUUCGAAACUUAACUUACGGACUAUAUCGCCCAACAUUUGAUCUGGCAGAUGCUGGAGAAGGAAGCAGAAAAGGUAUUUCUGGUUCAAAAGGUCGAUUUUUAGCAACGGCAUCAGUGAUGCUUAUUUCAACUUUUGCAUUCAGCGGUGUCGAAAUGACCUUUUUAGCCAGCGGGGAAGCUAUAAAUCCAAGGAAAACGAUCCCUUCUGCUACAAAGAGGACAUUUUCCAUUGUAUUGAUAUGUUACGUUUUUUUGAUUUUUUCAGUCGGCAUCAAUAUAUACAGUGGUGAUCCAAGGCUACUAUCAUAUUUUCCUGGUAUUUCCGAAAAGAGGUAUGAAGCUAUUAUAAAGGGAGUUGGAAUGGACUGGCGGCUCAGAACUAACUGUCGCGGUGGUAUUGAUUAUAGACAGAUUUCAGUUGGAACAGGUUAUUCUAGUCCUUGGGUAGUCGCACUGCAAAAUUUCGGGUUAUGUACGUUUGCAUCCGCUUUCAAUGCUAUAUUGAUUUUUUUCACUGCUACGGCGGGAAUAACGUCAUUAUUUAGUUGUUCAAGAACACUAUACGCCAUGUCCGUACAGCGAAAAGCACCACCAGUUUUCGAGAUUUGCAGCAAGAGAGGUGUACCUUAUGUAUCAGUGAUAUUCUCUUCAUUAUCCUCGGUUAUUGCUUAUAUUGCAGUUGAUCAAACUGCAAUUGAAAACUUCGACGUCUUGGCUAAUGUCUCUAGCGCUAGUACAUCUAUUAUUUGGAUGGGAUUGAAUCUCUCCUUUCUACGAUUCUAUUACGCUUUAAAACAGAGGAAAGACAUCAUAUCCAGAAAUGAUUCAUCAUAUCCUUAUAAGUCUCCACUUCAACCUUAUUUAGCCAUUUAUGGACUAAUUGGCUGUUCAUUGUUUGUUAUUUUCAUGGGCUAUCCUAACUUUAUACAUCAUUUUUGGAGUACUAAGGCUUUUUUCUCAGCUUAUGGUGGGCUGAUGUUUUUCUUCGUCAGCUAUACAUCUUACAAGAUUUUUGGAACGUCAAAGAUUCAAAGGCUAGAUCAAUUGGAUAUGGAUAGUGGAAGGAGAGAAAUGGACAGAACUGAUUGGACUGAAAAUAGCCAAUAUUUGGGAACGUAUAAGGAACGAGCCAAAAAGCUAGUCACAUGGCUAAUCUAA